AUGCUUCCUCCUCUCUUCAGAUCCAUAUUCACUUCUCUUCUGCUAAUCUUCCUGCUUUUUUCCAACUGGGUCUUCUCAGAAGAUGACGUUAAGUGCUUGCAGGAAGUGAAAAACUCAUUGACUGACCCAACAGGGAAGCUUAAUUCUUGGAGAUUCUCGAACUCUUCCGUUGGAUUUAUCUGUAGUUUUGAUGGGGUUACGUGCUGGAACGACCGCGAAAAUCGGCUUCUCGGCCUUCAACUCCGGGACUACAGCCUCGCCGGAAAAAUCCCGGAUUCUUUACAGUUCUGCCACAACCUCCAGAAUCUCGAUCUCUCCAGUAAUACUCUUUCCGGUUCGAUCCCCUCUCAAAUUUGUACUUGGUUGCCUUAUUUGGUUACUUUAGAUUUAUCCCAUAAUCAUUUGUCUGGUGAAAUUCCAGUCGAUCUUGCUAAUUGCUUGUAUUUGAAUAAUUUGAUUUUGGAUGAUAAUAGAUUGUCUGGGAAUAUUCCGAUUCAGUUUUCGAGUUUAGGAAGAUUGAAAAGAUUUACUGUUGCUAAUAAUGAAUUAUCCGGGAGGAUUCCUGAGUUUAAUUAUGAUUUAGAUCUUGAUUUUGGGGGGAACAGUGGGCUUUGUGGAGGAUCUUUGGGAAAAUGUGGGGGUUUGAGUAAGAAGAAUUUGGCAAUUAUUAUUGCUGCCGGGGUUUUUGGUGCUGUAGGCUCUCUGUUGCUAGGGUUUGGUUUAUGGUGGUGGUGUUUCAGUAGGAAAAGAAAGAGAGGGUAUGGAAUUAAAGGGAGAGAUGAAUUUAGCAGUUGGGUUGAGAGAUUGAGUGCUCACAAGCUUACUCAAGUCGUGUUGUUUCAGAAACCUCUUGUGAAGGUUAAGUUGUUGGAUUUGUUGGUGGCCACUAAUGGUUUUAGCGCCCAAAAUGUUAUAGUCUCAACCAGGACGGGGACGACCUACAAGGCGGUUUUGCCAGAUGGGUCGGCACUUGCGAUUAAGCGACUUAAUACUUGUAAGAUGGGGGAGAAACAUUUUAGGAUGGAGAUGAAUAGGUUAGGACAACUGAGGCAUCCAAAUUUGGUGCCUCUAUUGGGGUUUUGCUUGGUGGAGGAGGAGAAGCUCUUGGUAUAUAAGCAUCUUUCAAAUGGGACUUUGUCUUCGAUAUUGAAUCGUAAUCCGGGUGCUUUGGAUUGGCCGACUAGGUUUAUGAUUGGUUUGGGUGCUGCACGGGGACUUGCUUGGCUUCAUCAUGGUUGUAACCCUCCCAUACUGCAUCAAAACAUUAGCUCCAACAUUAUUCUCCUUGAUGAGGAUUUCGAUCCUAGGAUAAUGGACUUUGGGUUGGCAAGGCUCUUGACUUCUUCAAAAUCUGAUGAUAGUAGUUUCGUCGAUGGGGAUUUAGGUGAAUUUGGGUAUGUAGCUCCUGAGUACUCAAGUACAAUGGUUGCUUCUCUUAAAGGGGAUGCUUACAGUUUCGGAGUUGUACUUCUUGAGUUAGCAACGGGACAAAAAGCUCUUGAAGUUAGUACAGCCAGAGAAGGAUUUAAAGGUAAUUUAGUGGAUUGGGUAAAUCAGCUCGCGAGCUCUGGUCGAAUCAAAGAUGCUAUUGAUAAAAGCCUUUGUGGAAAGGGCCACGAUGAGGAUAUCGUGCGGUUCUUGGGAAUCGCAUGUAAUUGUGUCAUUUCUCGCCCCAAGGAUAGGUGGUCUAUGUAUCAGGUUUAUGAAUCAUUGAAAAACAUGGCCGAGGAACACGGAUUCUCAGAACAGUAUGACGAAUUUCCUCUACUAUUCCAUAAACAAGAUACCGAAAGUCCCAUUUGA